AUGACAGCCCAACCCGCGUCAUCGCAUGGAAGAGGGGAAGAGUUUGGAAAGCGUCGCAGGGCAAGUGCUCGGAGGCCAGAGUGGGAUGCAGGACGGGAGCUUUCCUAUGCCGCGUGCACGAAGAAAGGACCUAGUCUUGGGCAGGACGACCUUACCAUGGAGCCGGAGACAACUAUCCGAAGCAGUCGGCGAAAAGUGGCGCUUUUAAGACGGGCCGUGCGAACGAAGGGGCCAGGGCGCAAUGAGAAAAGGCGCGAAACCACAUCAGUCGCAAAAAGGAACAGCUCCAGGGCGCGAUGCGACAGGGCGCGGGAGGCGGCCCAGCACUGGCUCAGGCACACGCGCUGCCGAGGGGGUCGGGUAGUGGUGGAGGUGGAGGUGAUGGUGGAGGUGAUGGGAGUAAUAUUAGGGCUGGUAAGGGUGGUGUUUGAUGGUGGUGAUGACAAGGGGGGGAGGUGGACGAGAGGCCAGAGGCAGAGAGUAGCAGCAACAGCAGUAGCAGUAGUAGUAGCAGCAGCAGUCAAUGACACCAAGGCCCAGCGCACAUGGGACAGCGACGGCGACGGCGACGGCGACGACGACGACGACUACGACUACGAAGAGGGCGAUGGCGGCGGCGGCCGUGGGCAAAGGCAGGUGAAGAGACGGCCGAUUAGCGCAAGGCAAAUGGGCGAGCAGCGUGCACCAAAGGACGGUCAGAGACAUCAGAGAGCUUCUGCAGCUUCGCUUGUGCACGCCCAGCCCGCGCAGGGUUGGGCGGGGGGUCCACCAGACGCGCAGUGUGGCCAAACCCACGCAUGGCCGGAUGCUUCAGGGCGGCCGCGGGCAGGACCAUGUGCAAGUAGAGUAAUUAGAGUAGUAACAGUGGUAGCAGGUCGCGGUAGUCGCACUGUCUCCAUCAAACAAUGGCGCUCUCUUCUGCCCGUCGCCCGUCGCCCGUCGCCCGUCGCCCGUCCCCCUCCCAGGGCAUUACCGCAACCGCUGCAGACAGCAAACGUCGCUCCCGUCCAUGGCAACCGCGCAGCCAUGUCCAUUCCAUAUCCAUGUGCAAUCUGCAUCUGCCUCGUCCGUCCACCACAACCUGCCCUGUCCCGCCCCGGCCCUUGUGGCUGGCCGUCGCUGGGCACUUUGUUUCGUGCGGCUUGCGCGCUUCUCCGCUCACCACCAACAACAGGCCUCUCUCCGCAGCGACCCUGGUGCAGCUUGAGGCAAGCCUGUCAUGAGGGCCUUGAGUCGGACAAUUUGCGCCCAAUUGCUGGCCUCAAAGACUCAGGAAGCUGA